CACACACACAUACACACACGCACGCACACACACACUCACCCAUUCACACACUCUCACACAAACACACACCGGAAGCCGCUGCUCUGAGGCGGAGACGGCGGCUGAGACUGAGAUCGAGGCCGAGGCAGGCCGCGGUUCCCCCUGUCCCGGAGUGUCAGUGUUCCUCCCUCCGCUGAGCCGACCGGGCCGGUCGCCAUGGAGCCCGGGGCGGCGGAGCUGUAUGACCAGGCGCUGCUGGGCAUCCUGCAGCACGUGGGCAACGUCCAGGACUUUCUGCGGGUGUUGUUCGGCUUCCUUUACCGCAAGACUGACUUCUACCGUUUGCUGCGCCACUCGGCUGAUCGCAUGGGCUUCCCCCCAGGGGCGGCCCAGGCCAUGGUGCUGCAGGUGUUCAAAAACUUUGAGUACAUGGCUCGUCAAGAUGAUGAAAGGAGAAGAAAGGAACUUGAAGAAAAAAUGAGAAGAAAGGAAGAAGAGGAAGCCGCGGCUGCAGCAACUGUUGAAAAAGUGCCAGCCCCAGCCCAGGAGGUAGAGAUAGACUCUGCCACUGAGUGUGGCCCUACUGCAGGGGCUGAUGGGCAUGAGGAAACAAAGAGAGGGAAGCCCCUUGCACCUUCAGGGGCUGAGCAGGAGGCAGGUCACAGCUCUGUGGAGGCAGAAUCUCCAGCAAUGGCUGUUGUUGAUGUUCCGGUUGAACCACCAGCCCUUCCCAAGAGACAGGAGCAGUUCCAGAAAAACCCUGACAGUUACAAUGGUGCUGUACGUGAGAACUACACCUGGUCUCAAGACUACAGUGACUUGGAGGUUAAGGUGCCAGUGCCCAAGCAUGUCCUGAAAGGGAAGCAGGUGUCUGUGGAUCUCAGCAGUAAUUCUAUCCGUGUGGCAAUACUAGAAGGGAAUGAGGAACAUGUUUUAAUGGAAGGAAAAUUCACCCAUAAAAUCAACACUGAAAGUUCUUUGUGGAGCCUUGAGCCAGGGAAAUGUGUCUUGAUUAAUCUGAAUAAAGUUGGAGAGUACUGGUGGAGUGCUAUCCUGGAAGGAGAGGAGCAAAUUGACAUUGAUAAAAUAAACAAGGAACGUUCAAUGGCCACAGUGGAUGAAGAGGAACAUGCCGUAUUGGAUAGACUGACCUUUGACUACCACCAAAAACUGCAGGGCAAACCCCAGAGCCAUGAGCUGAAAGUCCAUGAGAUGCUGAAGAAGGGAUGGGAUGCUGAAGGCUCCCCCUUCCGAGGCCAGAGAUUCGACCCAUCCAUGUUCAACAUCUCCCCAGGGGCUGUGCAGUUUUAAUGACAAGAAGGAAAGGAAACUCACUCGAGUCAAGCACUUGGAAGUAGAGGAUAAGGCAGAGAGAGGCCUUUUUGUGUGGGCUCUUUCCCUCCUGCUUUUCCUCUUUGGCUCCCAUGCAUGCCUGGGACUCAUCUUGUCCACCCCGUAUCCAUCUUUAUUUUCAAGGGAUGUGUGGAUACUCCAGCCUCACUCCUCUUCCAGACCCUUCCUGGCUGUUUUAGGGAAGAAGGGGGGAAAGUAGAGGGAAGGUUAAUGCAUAGCAAUUGCUAUGGCUAAUGCCAAGUUACAGUAUCUGUUAUGCAUGAGGGAGAUGUCCUAGCAAAAGCAGGAUUACAUACUCCCAUCACCACGGUAACCAGCCACUGCAAGCCACAUUUUCUUUCCUUCUGUGUUCUCUGCUUGCUGUUGUUUUGAUGCAAUUCUGCUCAGUUCUCUUUAGGGGAUGGGGAGGGAGGGCUUGGGGGGAGGGAUAUUGCUGUUGCUGGGUUUUUUCCCUGCAGUUGUUGAAGUGAUUUGGAGUUGUAUGACUUAAUGUGUGCUGAUGAGAAGCGGUUCUGUGAUGGCUGCUUCAGGCUGUACUGUUUCAGGAAGCCCCUUAGUUUGGCCUGUUGUUUAAAGAUUCCACAUUCAGUCUUGCUCAUCAAUUUGUCAAGUCCUAUUUUUUCCUGCCUUUGGGUGCCUCCCAGGCACUAGUAGUAGGAGGUUGAAGCUGCCCCCACAGUUGCAGAAACCUGCCUAGUUGGGAUUCUGGUAUCUUUAUUUGUUGCUCUCUAAUUGAACCAAGCCCAAAUUUUGGAAGAAAGUGCAUGUUCUCCCAGCAAGGAUCAGGUGUAGGUAGGGCUUUCUCAGGAAAGAAUGAAGGAUAGGGCUUUCUAAUCAUGGCUUUCUUUGAGGCCAGGGAAGGUUAGACUAGCACCUGUUCAUCCCAGUGUUGGCCAUGCACUCCAUCCCACUCUUGUUUGAGUAAAGGAACUUCUAGCUGCCACUUUUCUUCUAUGUUUAUCCUCAAGUCUCCUCAGCCCCAAUUAUCCACAUCUUAGAUUUUGUUUACAUAUAUCUCCUGGAUUAAUGUAGAGCUCAGUGAGAGGCAGGACAUUUUCUGGGAAUAGUAGAGAAAUUUCACUGUACAAUGAAUGAUAUAUUUGUCCUCUGUUGAAGGGCACAAAGCAGUGGAGAUCCUCAGAUGAUUAAUGGUUAGCCUGCAUAGGAUAUCAUUGAUGCCCUCAAGGGCCCCAUUGGAACCAUUGCUGUCCCUAAAGAAUAAUUGCAACAAGGAUAGAAAUGAGAAUGCUGGCUCUUGUGUGAAGAGCAGACAUAGGCAGAAAUGAUGGGAACUUGUUAAUCUCAAAAUCAUGCUCUAUGUGAGCUGGAUGCAACUACUUCUUUGUUGUCAUCUGUUAUUGUGCAGCAGUGGUCACUGCUUGCUUGAUUACUUCGGAGAAAGAAGCUUAUUAACACUUAAAAACAACUAUUUUGCUAAUCUGUACUAUUGACAAGGAUUGAACCUCCACGUUUAAAAACUGUUUAUAAGUGAGUCAGGCUGCUGACUUUCUUCUGAAGUCUAGGAACAAAUACUCUUUAGUUUUUUGCUUGUUUAGGAACACUUGUUUUUCAGUGUUCCUUAGAAAUGAAGCACAUCACUAUUAGCUCAGAAGAUGUAGAUUGCUCACUUUUUAUUGAAUCUUUAUGCCAAUUCUAUUUGACCACCACUCAGAAAGCAAAGCCUCAGGUUCGUGAAGCAUUGCAUAUAUGAUUAACAGAUAAUCUAGGAACAUAAAUUAGAUUUUUUUUUGAGUUCCUAGAAAAAAUGUUUCUUUAGAACCCCACCCAAAUUUAUGCUCACCCAGAAUUAAUGCCUAUGUAUUCUUAAUUGUGAUCCUUUUCUGAGAAUGAUAGACUAAUUUUUAUGGGACAGAUAGUUCCUCAUGCUCACCUACUUCUAUAAGGAGUGAGUGGGUCUAGCAGCCUCUUACUGAGGCUAUCAUUUCAGAGUCAGUUUGUUGACUUAAGAGUUUAUUUCUAGCCACACCAUUUCCUGAGAGUCCUAGUAAGAAAGCUGCUCAACUCUUAUUCCCAGAGAACUUUCCAUAGGAUAUGUCACCUUUUUCUCCAGAAAGCACUAAGAUCAUCUUCCUGAGUUAAAUGGUGGAUCUCUUCAGAAUCAGAAGUGUUAAGAUUUCUAGGUGGUAUUGGAGGCAGCAUCAGCUUAUUCCAAACAGCUAAGACUCUUUUAAAAAGUCUCAGAAAUAUCUCCUCUUGGGAAAUUGAUGGCAGUAAACACUGUAUUUUUGUUGGAGUUAGUCACUGAGACGAUGGUUUUUAUGAAUUGUUCUUUAGUAACUCAGAGCAAAAAUAACAAAAAUCCACUGCCUGGUGUGAAGGCCUUGUGUUUGAAAGCUUGCUAAUAAACAAAGGUCUCUGCUUAUUUCUCUCUGAGGUCACAUGAAAAAAGGGUGAGGCUAAUAUGCCCUCAUUCCAGAGCAGCAUUUCACAGACGGAAUGCUCUAUGUUCAAAAGACUCCUUUGUUUUUAAUUUUUUUUAAUGAUGUUUAUAUGCACCUCUUGAACCUUGUUUGUCUAUUUCUCUUGCUGUUUUUAGCAUUUUUCUAAUUCACAGUUAUGUCACCUUCUUAAGCACCCACAGUAAAGGAGUUUUGCAGAAGGAUAUAUGUGGUUUGGCUAAAGCAGGGACAACUGAUAAUCUGUCCAUAAACUACUGGAAGAUUUUUUUAAAGUUACUCACUUCUAUUGUAAAUGUUCUACCCAGGACAUCAUUUGGCAGUGUCCUGCUGUGGCUCAGGUCUUCUCUCUUCUAUUAGGAAGUAUCAAGUAAUAGAAGCUCUACUAGUACACCCCUAUUAAAAGAAAUGAAACCACUACACAAAAAUAGGAACUUUUAGGGGUGUUUAACUGCGUUACAGAAGGACUCACUGAAAGAUUCUUUUUAGUAGCAAACUUCUCUGGUGCAUGUUAAGUGACUAGACAUGUAAGACUUGGACUUAGACCCACCUUUCCAAAACAUACAUUAAUCAUAUCUAUCUGAAUUUGUAAACUUUCAUCCUGUCCUCUGUAAUGAUUUGCUUUCUCUCUUCUUAAGCCUCUGCUCUUCUCUAUCUAUCCACGUGCCAUUCCAGCCCUCUGGAGUCAGUGCAUACUACCUGUUUUCUUUGUUUUAAAAUCAACAGCAACUUGGCCACUAAGUUUCAUCAGCAGAGAUUCUGAGGAAAGCAGGGCAAUUCACUUCCCUUUUCCAUGGGAGCCAAAGAGAGUAGGGCGUGCUACAUCCUGAGGCCGCUCUCCUUCACAUACUCCACAUUUCUGUGUUGGUUUGCAAUAAAUCUGUAUUUAAGCA